AUGUUAUUGCCGACCGCGUGGAACGAAUUUGAUUCAUCACUUUUAAACACAGAUGGACUUAAAGAUUCACUUAAAGAUCCUAAUGAAUUGAGAUAUCUUGAAUACAUUAAAGCUCGUAAGUUGACAUUAGAAGAAUAUUUUUCAAAUCAAGUUAAAAAUCAUCCACUAAUAGAAGUGUGUUUAAAAAGCCUUGAUAAUUCAAAAGAUUUAAACAAAAAAUUUUUGAAAGAAGUUGAAUGUCAACAUAAGCAUGGUGGAAUUUCGGCAGUUUCGAUUUAUGGAAUAACCAAGAAUCAAGAUGAUGAUAAUUAUAUGAUGGUUAUGGAGUAUGCAAAGCAAGGAAGCCUCCGAAAAUGCGAAGUUCCUCAAUUACUUUUGGAUUUGAUGAAUAAAUGUUUAGACGCCGUACCUCAAAAUCGACCAACUGCUAGAGAACUAGCUAAAACGCUAAAUAAAUUUUCUAAUGAUUUGGUGUAUGAAAAGACUGAAUUGUCUAAGCAAGUUAAAAAUAUUAAAGAUUUAGACAAAAAUUUCUUAACAUAUGAUCAAUUCAAAUCGACACAAUUCAAAUAUCAGACACAUCCACAAGCUAUUUAUACAAGUCGAUCUUUGAAUCUUUCAAGCAG